AUGCCCCCCAGGGACCACGUGACCAGCCUGCCCCCCCCCCCCCCCGGGGCCGGGAUUCAGGCCUCUGAGGAGCCCUCGGGGCAAGGCCGUGGGGCUGGUGGUGCUCCGUGUGGGGGUGCACCAGCUCCCAUCCACAGCGAGCACCCGCGAGGGAAGGGCUCAGGGGGCAGCGCUCCCGCUGAGCUGGCCGUGCAGGCCUCAGGCUCGACAGGCAGAGCCGCCCGGGGGUGCAGCGUGGAGCGCGGGCGGGGACGGCCGCACUGGGCGCCUUCCGGCCGCGGCCCCAGCACGCGUGCAGGCGGGCUCGGCCCGCGCCCCCCAGCCCCCGGGCAGCAGCGCCCAGGCUGCGCCCCCGGCCCGCGCCCCCCAGCCCCCACCCAUCAGAGGCAGCUCCGCUCCAAGGUGCUGACCCGGUCCCUGCGGCGGCGCCCCCUGGGUCUGGGUCGGGCGCCGGCUUCCUUGCGGCUUCCCGGCGGCAGGCUGGCGGCGGGGCGGCCCUGCUCGGCCGCGGGACCCCGAGCUAGAGAUGGGGCGGAGAGCUCAGACCCCGGGGCGCGCCCUGAGCGCUCCGCCACCCCUGCCCCCAGAGACCCCGCCGGGGCCGGGCCGCAGGGGGACGCCGCCGCCCCCGCGCUACGCGCCGCGAGUCUGCGGGCCGGCCCGACGUCACCUCCGCUCCGCAGACGAAGCCCGGCCCAGAGACGGCGAUCCCCAGGCCGCGGACACACAGCUCGUCCGCGGCCCGCGGGUGCAGGGGCUCCGGACGCCUCAGCCGCCCCGCCCACCAGGGCCCGCAUCCCGGAGCUCCAGCUGCCCCUGCCCUUCAGGGCGCGACACCCUCAGCUCCAGAGGCGCCCGCGGACCCGCACCUCGGCGGCCGAUGACGCCAUCCCUUCCGAGCCCGGGGCGGGGGCGCAACGCCACCUGGCGGACACCGCGGCCCCGGGCCGCCCGCGCGUCACGCUCCGAGCCCGGCGGGUGGGCGGCUGGACCGGGCGCGGCCCCCCUGCGCGGAGGCCCGGGGCGGGGCGGCCCGGAGCAUCCUGCGGUCGCGGGCGCUCUGGCCUCCGCCGCAUGGAGGGGAGGGGCCGCGCGCGGGGCAAACGACCUGGCGGCGGACGGGUCCGGAUUCAGGCCCGGGCUGGCUGCCCACCUGGGCCGGGAGGCUCCCCCGGGCCCUGCGGCCGCCGCGCCCCCCCCAACCCCCUCCCGGGGCCCCGCCGAUCCCCCCGCCCCGCCUCCUGUCGCGGGAGGUCCGGGCCGGCGUGGGGACCGAGGCCGCCCAGGUGGCUUCCGAAAGACGCACAGGAUCCGGACGCGGGGGCCCCAGCCAGAUCGCCGCGUGCCGGCCGCUGCGGGGAGCGCGUGGGGCCCUCGGCCGCCUCGCCCGCGCGCUGCCCGCCCUCCGCGGCCGCGCACCUCCUCCCCGCCCCCGGCCCCGUCUCCGGGCUCGCCCCCCGCUUUACGCCACGCGCCCGCCCGCCCUGCAGCCUCCCCCGCUUCCUGGCCCCCUCCCCGCAGGCGCUCCCCUUUCCUGGCUCGGCUGUGCUUCCAGGUGCCCGGGCCCGGGCCCGCGCCCCGCCUUCCGGCUCCGGGCUCGGCCUCCCAGCACCGAGGCGCUGCCCGCCGCCCCCGUGUAAAACGCUCCUCUUCCCCAUCUCGGCUCCCCAGGCCUCGCGUCAGGGUCCGCGCUGGUGCCCCCCAGCCUGGCAGGACCCCACGUACACCGCUGCCGACCCGAUCCCUGAGGGCCACGGCUCCUCCCACCCCACGCCACCCUGGGCAGACCUCUGCCCUGGCCCCAAAACAGCUGGCCCAGGAGUGCCCCCCUCUGGGCGGUGUGAGGAGAGCCUGCACUGGGCCCUGGCAUGGGACGUGGGGCUGCGGAAGGUGUGGACGGCCCAGUGA